GCCGUCCUGAGAAGCUAGAGAAGUGAAAGCUAACACGUGGAAAUAUUAAUUUGGGAUAUUUUGCUAUUUAUUCAGGGUAGUGUAGUGCCUUUUUGAACUGUGCCUUGACAGCGAAGACCCCGAAUCAUUAGCUGAGAAAAAUAUUUAUCGUUCAGCUGAGCUAGUUAGCUCGUUUAUCAGCUUCGUUAUGGCGGACAACGGAGACGACGAUAAUCAGUACAGAAUUAAAGAGGGUGACUACGUUGUGUUGAAACGAGGGGAAAUCUUCAAAGCUGUGCAGAUUCAGCCGAGGAAAAAGGUGAUUUUUGAGAAGCAGUGGAUCUUCCUCGAUAAUGCAGUGGGACAGCUGUACAGCACCACAUUUGAAAUUUUGUCUGGAGGAAAUCUAAAGCCACAUGAGCUCAAGGACACUGCAAGCCCCCUUGAUGCAGUGGAGGCAGGUACAGACAACAGAAACAUUGUUGACGAUGGCAAAUCACAGAAGCUGACCAGGGAUGACAUUGAGGCUCUUAAAGAGAAAGGUCUGAAGGGUCAGGACAUCAUUAAGAAGCUCGUAGAUAACCACGCCACUUUCGGAGAUAAGACUGAGUAUUCCCAGGUUAAAUACAUCAAGAAGAAGAAGAAAAAGUAUGAAAAUACAGUGAUGAUUCUAAAACCGUCCUGUCGCAUCCUGGCUAUGAUGUACCACGGCCGCGAACCAGGGAAGAUCUGCCACCUGCGGUAUGACACACUUGCCCAGAUGCUAACUCUGGCGAACAUCCACGCUGGCAGUAAGGUGUUGGUGUUUGAGACUUGUGCUGGGCUUGUACUGGGAUCCAUCAUGGAAAGAAUGGGAGGCUACGGAUCAGUGAUCCAAAUGUACCCAGGGGGUGGGCCAGUGCGGGCGGGAGUGGAGAAUUUUGGCUUUCCUGCGCAUUUUCACGACACGCUGCAUGAGUUUCCCAUCUGCCACGUCAACGCUCUCUUGGCAGGAACUCUGGACACCAGUGCCAAAGACCCCACUGCUGAGAAUACUCAUGAAAAGCAGUUGAACUUGGCUGCAGAGAAGGAGCAAAACCAGCCUGAGGCAGAAGAGCAAGGCAGUCCAGAGGAGGAGAGCAUGGUGACCAACACUGGUGAUGAUGCUGGUCAGGACGUGGAGAAAACGGAGAAGGAUAAACUCAAAGAAGCUAAGGUGUGUCCAGCGCUGGUUAUAGCGAGCCGGUUUCACCCCUGUCCCGUCCUUUUGGGCCUGCUCAAGUUCCUCUCACCCUCCAGGCCUUUUGUAGUUUAUUCCCAGUACAUAGAGCCUCUCAUAGAGUGCUUCAAGAAACUCAAGGAAUGUGGCGGCACAGUCAACCUCAGACUCACAGACACCUGGCUGAGACAUUACCAGGUGUUGCCUGACAGGACACAUCCUCUGCUACUAAUGAGCGGGGGCGGGGGCUACCUCCUCUCAGGGACGACCGUUGCCACGGACCACUCGAAACCUGCAGGCUCUAAGCAAGCUGAAGAACCAGCGCCAAAGAGACAGAAACUGGAAGACACGGAGGGAUAAACAAAUACAGAAGCAUCAAAUCGUUUUAAGGGCACAUUCCCAGAGGCCUGUAGGGAUUUUUUUUUUCCUCCUGUGCUGUUGAACUGAUUUGACACCAUCAGUAGUAAGGGGAGACCGAGUGUCUGGUUUGUAUUCAUCAGAACACUUUUUCCUGCCGGGUGUGCUCACAUCAGUGGAGAUGAGAAGUAAAUUGUUAGCCAGUUAAUAGUUUGUGUGUCGAGAGUAACAGCUUUGGUUUUUGUCCUGAGACAAGUAAAAGGUUUUUUUAUGCUUUCCAGAUUCUACGUUAUAACUUUUAUUUUAUGUUGUUAUUCUUGCAGAAAGUGCCAUUUGUUUUAUGGAACAGUUGCUGAUGCAGCUUUACUGCGGGCUACAUUUCUACCUGCACAUUAUUAAAAAGCAGUACUAAAAGAACCAAAUGUGUGACCACUUUUGUUUUUCUUCAAGAAAUAAAGGAGAGAUGAUGGUUUGGUCCCAGAAUAACUGUUUAUUGAGUGCAGUCAGAACAAACUCUGCAGAACACAUUUAAGUAAUUAUGAUCUCAUAUAUUUAUAUAUUGUUUUUACAUUUCUCUGAAUAUAAACAUCCAAGCCAUUCCCAUGCUGUUUGAUUUGAUAACAUCAAAAUAUCACAAAAACGAAAAGUCAGCUAAAAUGCUUUGGCAAGGCUCCAGGGUUUGUUUGUUUUUUCUUCAUUUUAACACUGCAAGCACACUAAACUGGCAGACAUACAGUAAAAUUGCAAUUUUUUUUUCAGUUAUGCAGUGUUUUCAUGCAACUUGGCUGCAAUUUUCUGCAACUCCAUAUCCAUCGCUGCCAGGUUCUGUAGCUCUUUCUCCUGAAAAACACAGAUUAACACAUUACCAACAUUUCCUGCUGCAACAGCUUCACAUUUGGAAUAGAAAUCGGGACUAAAGGAUCAUACAUUUUCUUCUGUUUCCCAUGCCACCUCAUGCCUGCUUCAAAUAAAAUAUUGUAAUUGGUCAUUUAGGUUAAAUAGUCCCUUGUCAUGCUUGUAGUUGCAUUGCUGAAGAACUAAUAAAUCAUUAUGCCAU